AUGAACGGCGACAGCAACACGAAGGUACUUUUGGUGAAGCGCCCUGGCACGGGCAUGCCCGAUGCCUCCCUCUUCAAGAUCGUCGAAGAACCCAUCCCCGAACCCGCCGACGGCCAGUUUGUGGUGAAGAACGUGUACUUGUCUCUCGACCCGGCCAUGCGUGGCUGGAUGAACGACGUCAAGUCGUACAUCGCGCCGGUGAAGCUGGGUGACGUGAUGCGCGGGCAGACCGUGGGUCAGGUCAUUGCUUCCAAGAACCCCAAGUUCCGCGUGGGCGACCUUGUGUCCGGAAUCGGCGGCUGGCAGAAGUACGCCGUGGCUGACGGCAAGCGCGGCGGGUGGGAGAAGCUGGUCCCCGGCUUUGCCCCCACCCUGUUCCUCGGCGUACUGGGCGGGACGGGCAUCACCGCUUACUUCGGCCUGCUGCGCGUUGGUCUGCCCAAGGCCGGUGAGACCGUCCUCGUCUCUGGCGCUGCUGGCGCUGUUGGGUCGGUGGUGGGCCAGAUCGCCAAGAUCAAGGGGUGCCGUGUCGUGGGCAUUGCGGGGUCGGACGAGAAGUGCAAGUGGCUGGUCGACGAGCUCGGCUUCGACGCCGUGGUCAACUACAAGGGCAAGUCGGCCGACCAACUCAACGAUGAGAUCCGCCAGGCCUGCCCGAAGGGCGUCGACGUGUUCUUCGACAACGUGGGCGGCGACAUCCUCGACGUCGCACUCAAGCGGAUCCGAAAGGGCGCACGCAUCGUCAUCUGCGGCGCCAUCUCGCAGUACAACGCCGCCCAAACCAAGGGUCCGGCCAACUACCUGUCGCUGCUUGUGCACAGUGCGCGCAUGGAAGGAUUCGUGCUCUUCGACUACAUCCCCGAGUACCCUCUUGCCAUUCGCGAGCUGGGCCAGUGGGUGAAGGAGGGCAAGCUCAAGUACGCCGAGGAGGUGGUCGAGGGUCUCGAGCGCGCCCCCGAAUACCUCAACAUGCUCUUCACCGGUGCGAACAAGGGCAAGCUGAUCGUCAAGUUGGCCGACGAGCCCGCCCAGUUCGCCCAGGCACGACUCUAG